CCGCCUCAGCCCCGCUCCCGGGCGGGCUAUAAGAGGCGGCGGCGGCAGCAGCAAUGAGCUGCCCGUGCUGGCGGCGGGAGCAGGGGCGGUAGCGGCGCUGGGGCACCGCCGCCAUGAAGUCACCUCAGGGGCAGCGGCCGGCGGGUCAAGCGCUGGGUGCGGACGGCGGCGGGGGCCUGGCCGAGGCGCUGGGGGAGUUUGACACCGUGCUGGCCGAGUUCUCCUGCCCCGCCGGCCGGCGCCGCUUCCACUACGGCGAGCACCUGGAGCGCAUGAAGCGGCGGAGCAGCGCCAGCGUCAGCGACGGCAGCGGCCUCAGCGACUCCGAGAGUGCAGAUUCACUCUACAGAAAUAGUUUCAGCCUCAGUGACGAAAAGCUUAAUUCUCCAACUGCCUCUACUCCAAGCUUGCCAUCUCCAUCAGUAACUCCACGUAAAGCAAAGCUUGGAGACACAAAAGAACUGGAAGACUUCAUUGCUGAUCUUGACAGGACACUAGCAAGUAUGUGAAGGAUAAGUGACAUCAGUCUGAGACUGAGAACUGCUGUCCUUGUCUGAUAACUUUGCUACCCAAGAUACUUACCUUCUGAACAUAACCUUUGUAAAUUUCUACAAGUAUUUAACUGUCAACAUCAGUUUUGUGACUCUGCAGCAGAUGGUAUAAGACAACUUAAGUGUUACAGGUGUAUUUUACUUUAAAAUAUAGCUUGAAUUUUAAUUUAAAGUUGCUUUUAUGAAAAUAUAUUUGUAAUUUUAUAUAGUUGAGAACUUUUAAUGCUUUUUGCCAUUAUAAUAUAUUUUUGUAUGCAAAUAAACCCUGAACUGGAA